UAGUCGGGCGCUUGGGCGCGUCUCGCUUUCAGAUCCCUCCACUUGAGCUCAGUCGCCUCCUUAUCCUUAGGCAGACGCCGACUCCCGGUCAGAGCCUCACUCGAGCGGAGACGCUCUGGGGCGCAGCUCCUCCUGGCUAAAGCGGGCAAUCAUGGACCAUGGCCUCAAAGAAGGGGACGCUGCCGGGCCGACUGCUGGCGGCGCCGCGCGAGGAAAUAAUGCCGCCGCUACCACUGCCGCCGCCUCCUCCUCCGGCGGCGUGGUCGUGCAAGUGCGCGAGAAGAAGGGACCCUUGCGUGCCGCCAUCCCCUACAUGCCGUUCCCUGUAGCCGUCCUCUGCUUGUUCCUCAACACCUUCGUACCUGGACUAGGGACAUUUGUAUCAGCUUUCACAGUCUUGUGUGGAGCCCGGACAGAUCUCCCUGACAGACACAUUUGUUGUGUGUUCUGGUUGAAUAUUGCAGCAGCUUUGAUUCAGAUUCUCACAGCAAUUGUGAUGGUUGGCUGGAUCAUGAGUAUAUUUUGGGGGAUGGACAUGGUCAUUCUUGCCAUUUCACAAGUAUUCAGCAGAGCGGAGGUGCAGAUCAGCAGAGAGUGACCUUCACUGAUCACUUGGACAGCUAACACUGCUUAUGGAGACUCUGACGUGUGGAUUUUUGAACUGGCACAGUCAACAUGCCAGGAGGACAGGCAAGCUGUUCCAAAAGUGGGAGAAAGCCACUGGUUAGGUAGGAAUAUGGCUGAGGAGGAAGAUAAAAUUUGAGCAAACAUCACUGAAGAAGUUGCAUUUUUUCCAUCUUAUGGGACAAACUACAUGAAAAUAUUUCACUUCCUUUGUGUCUUCUUGAGGAAAUGUCCUGAUGUGAAUAUCAAGAAGCAGAGGAAAUAUUGAUAGAUAAUGUGCAAUAUAUCAAAGCCAACAUUUGAAGGGCAUUCCCCCCUCCCCCAAGGGCAUUCCUUUAGUGCAGGAAAGUUCAAGUUGUGACUUUGCUGCUUGUGUAUGUACUUGUGGGAUUUUUUUGGUGCUUGUUGAAUAACUGUUUUUUGCAACCAAUUUAAGAUUCUGCUUGUUGCUUUUGUAAAUCCCGUCACUAUUGCUUACCUGUUCAUGCAUUUUGCCACUUUUUACCUUCUGAAUGUUGGAAAGAAGCUGUGAACUCUUUGUCUAACCAGAAGCAAGAAUUUGGCUGUUGCUAAAUUUUAUUAUCCACCAUUACUUUUUGCAGAUGUUUUAUUCUUAAGUGUGAGGACUAGUUUUAAGAGAUUAUAACAUAGAGAACAUUUUAUUGUAUAAUAUGGAAAAUGAAAGAAGAAAGAAGUAACGUUUUCUGCUCCCUCAAAGAAAGUGUGCCAGUAAAUGUUAACGUAUUUUGGAAAUUUGCAUAUAAAUGAUGGAUAUUAUUUGUAGCUGAACUCCAGUAAAGGUGUGAUAUCUCUCUUUGCUAGUAUAUGUAACCAUAGGUAAAACAACUUAAUACUUUUAAGAUGCAUACAAAAAUAAGGUUGACAAUUUACUGAAGUUAUCAGAAGCAAAGCCCUAUUGUGGAAUUUACUGAGCAGAACUCCAUUAUGCAUCCCAAGACCUCAUAACAACUUAGUUAUUUUUGACCAGCAUCCAUUCAGAUUCUUGGUUAUGACUAUUGGUGUCUUUAUAGAUCAUGAUGAAAAGAGUUUAAUAGACAAAUUCCAGUCCAUAUUCAGCCAUGAUGACCUUGGUUCACUUACUUUUUCAGCCAUAAUAUUAUUAGAUUGUUUUGAAGGAAAAAUAGGUGUAUGUGUGUGAAAAUCAUUGAUGCCUGAAUGGUAAAAUAAACACAUAAUAUUGUG